CGAUUUCGCAUAAACCUGCUUGUGUUUCGGUUAGAUAUAGCAUUUUGUCAUAUUUAAGUUGCUAAAGAUGAAGUACAAAUUUGCAAAGUUUAUGUGGAGUGACAACAGCAGAGGGGAGAAUAGCCACCAAGAGAGCUGCUCGGGGGACUCUGUGCCUGUUCGGUUCACAGGGUGGAGCUGUCCACCACCACAUGGAGCACCCUCGAGACACAAAUGGGAUUAAAACAUCUUGUCUGAUUAGGCAGCGACCGGGGGACGAGCUGGAGUCCCUGCGUAGCUGCAAACUAAUCUUUCUGUGGGAACAGUGAGUCGUGUGUGUACAGUAGCAGUAGCUCUCACAUGGCUGCAGGAGCCCGGAGCUGUGUGUAGAGAGAGGAGAGGGUCCUGAACAGACCGGGAAACCGCUCCGUCUCUUGUUGUUUCUCCCGGCUUCAGUCCCGUUAGAUGACAUACGCGCUUCAUCCCAUGUUGUUCACCGGGAACCCAAAGCUGCCGUAGGAAAAAACCGAAUUCAGUAGGUUUUUUUAUUAAACAAUACAAAAUGAUGCAGUUAUUGGCUGCUGCUGCUGAGAAGAGAAGGAGCUGAAGACCCUGGGAGCACGUAUCGAUGCUAUCCUCUGCAAUAGAUACAUUAUAGUAAUUUAUCUUGGACAGAGAGGCCAAGCAAGGUGUCAGGAAUGCUCCCUGUCCUCCUGCUAGCUGGGUUGAUUCUGGCUCUGUCCAUCCCUGGCACUAAGUCUGAGUCAGCCACGCUGCAGUUCCUGGGCCAGACUGACUUUGUUGUCAACGAGAGCAGCACAGCUGUGGUCCGGCUGGUCGUGGAGAGAGUGGGAGACCCGGUUAAUGUGACAGCUUUGGUUCUGCUAGAGGGAGUCGACACAGGGGACUUUGAAGCCAUUAAUGCUGCAGCCUUCCUGCUGUCCACUGAGUCCAGUAAGACCAUCUUCAUUGCUGUGAAAGAUGAUGACUUGCCUGAAGCCGAUGAGACAUUUACGUUCAAACUUGCACUGCAGAGCUCCUCUAAUGGCGUGACACUGGGAACACCUAACAAGGCAACCAUCACCAUCCUGUCCAAUGACAAUGCCUUUGGAAUAAUUGGCUUCAACUCAACAGAAGAGAUCGUAGUCAAUGAACCAAGAGGAAGGAACCAUUAUGUGCCUUUCACCCUAAUUAGAGAAAAGGGAACAUAUGGGACUGUGACUGUGAACUUUGAGAUCUCUGAAGGUCCCAACCCUGCCAUUGAGGACCUCAGUCCAGACAGAGGGAACAUCACCAUUCCUGUAGGACAGGCUGUAGUGCACUUUAGUAUCCUCAUCCAGGAUGACCAGAUCCCAGAGGAUGAUGAGGUGUUUUCAGUCAGGUUAAUGGGUGUGGCAGGUGGAGCCCUCCUCAGGCCCAACGCCAGCAGUGUCCAGCUGAGAAUCCGGCGUAAUGACAGUCCACUGCGGUUCUCCCACUCUUUCAUGGCAGUACCAGAGUCCGCUGGAGUCAUUGCCCUUAAUGUGACUCGUGGUCGGUUGACUGAGGAUGGUCCACUCAUCGGUUCUGUUCACACAGAGGUCUCUGUAGAUUACAUGUUGUGGAGUUACGAAGGACUGGUCAACGCCACACCAGCUGUGGAUUUCCUCGACCUACAGCCAGUCAGAACAGUUACAUUCCCUCCAUUUGUCUACAAGACCAGCCUGCUGUUCAACAUCAGUGAUGACGACGUUCCAGAAAUCGCAGAAUCCUUCCAUCUGGUCUUGCUGAAGGAGACCAUCAGAGGAGAUGCUGUGCUAGUAUCACCCAAAGAUGUGCUAGUGACCAUCGAGCCCAAUGAUAAGCCUCAUGGUGUCCUGUCAAUCAGCAGCAGCGCAGUCAUUCAGCCAGUCACCAUCAAUGAAGACCUGAUACAGAGCUUUGAAGGCAUCAUUAUUGUAAGAAAUGGAGGAAGCCAUGGUGCCGUGUCUGCCAACUGGUCCAUCAGUAGAAACUCCAGUGACCGCUCCCCAGUAUCUGAUGAUUUGUGGUCAGCAGCGGGGACAGUGAGAUUUGCUCCCGGUCAGGUGACCGCUGUGAUUACAAUAAACAUUGUGGCAGAUGAUCUACCUGAAGAAGCAGAGGCUUUUCUUCUCAAGUUGCUGCCCAAUACUGUAACUGGCAAUGCGGAGGUCGACGAACCCAUGGAGACCGUGUUCUACAUCCAGGAUAGUGACGAUGUCUAUGGGCUUUUUCGGUUUGACCCGGCAAAAGAGCAAAGCAUCCAGAGCCAACCUGAGGGCCGUUUCCUGUCACUAAAUUUCCUGCGAGACGGUGGUACACUGGGUAAUGUGUCAAUGACCCUGACCGCCCUCUACAUUCCUGCAGGCCCAAUAGACCCAGCACUGGCCCGUGCCCAGGUUCUGAAUGUUAGCAGGUCCGUUAAUGUGGUGUUUGCCCGUAAGCGGAUGGUACACGUCAUACUGCCAAUCAGGAAUGAUGCCUUUCUGCAGAAUGGAGCUCAUUUCUUAAUACAGCUUAAUACACUGGAGCUUGUUGAUAUCAACCUUCCAAUUCCUUCAAACAGCCCAAGGUUUGGGGGACCUCUAAACCUGACCUUGACUGUUACCCCUGACAUUGCAAACGGGGAAAUUGGCUUUACGAGUAACACCACAGUGGUGGUUUAUGAACCAGAGGACAGCAAUACCAGCACAGUAAGCCUCCCUCUGCGGCGUGAUGGGACAGAUGGUCAGGCUGUAGUGUUCUGGAGUCUUCAGCCAAUUGGAGCCAAUCGUGUGGAUAUAACUGCUAAAGACCUGCAGCCUCUAAGUGGCUCUGUGGUCUUCCUCUCCGGGCAGAGUGAUGCUUCCAUCAACUUCACUAUCAUGGCUGACAAUAUCCCAGAAGUUAACGAGACCUUACUGCUCACUCUGGAUAGGAGUAAUGUUGAGAAUCAGAUCCUGAAAGCGGGCUACACCAGCAGAGAGAUUGUCAUCAUGGAGAAUGAUGACCCUGGGGGAGUCUUUGAGUUCUCCCUGUUAUCCAGAGGUCCAUGGCUCAUCAAUGAGGGUGAAGCUGUAGAGCUGCAUGUGGUCAGAGCCCAGGGACAGCUGCUGAAACAGCUGGUGCGAUAUGCUGUCAUGCCUUCAGGCAACACUGAAUUCUACGGCGCCACAGGCAUCCUGGAGUUUAAACCGGGGGAGAGAGAGGUGGUGGUGGCACUGGUGGCAAGGCCUGAUGGGGUGCCUGAGUUGGACGAGAUUUUCUCUGUGGUACUUAGUAGCCACAGCACUCCACCCAGUCGCCUAGGCAACCACAAGGAAGUCAACAUCACAGUGCGGAAGAAUGAUGACCCCUUUGGCGUUAUUGAGUUCAUCCAAUCAGGACUGACAGUGGCCAUCAAUGAGAGCAAAGGGAACGAGAUGCACCAGGCUGUGUAUCCUGUAGUGAGGAACAGAGGCCACUUCGGAGAAGUGUCAGUGUCCUGGGUCUUGGAGCCAGCCCUGUCCAGAGACAUCAGCCCCCUCCAGGGAAACAUCACCUUCAAGGAAGGGGAGUACCUCAAAAACCUCACUCUCUUCUCUGUACCUGAUGAGAUCCCAGAGGACAUGGAGAAUUUCACCAUCAUAGUGCUAAAUGCUACAGGUGGUGCAAGACUGGGAAACACACUGAAUGCCAAUUUACAGAUAAAUAAGAACGAUGACCCCAUUUACUUUUCUGAACCUGUGGUCGUGCGUCUUCGAGAAGGGGGAGUGGCCAACUUCACUGUUCUGAGGGCAGGGCGGGCAGACUUUGUUGCCACGGUGAUGUACUGUGUGAAGUACGGCGAGGCAUCUCCAGGUGAUCUCACUAUGCCGAGUAAUGACACGCUGCUAGUGUAUGACGUAGGUGAAUGGAUGAAGAACAUCUCUGUGGCUGUGGAAGAUGACAACAUACCAGAGACAGAUGAACACUUUUACAUUGUUCUCUACAAUGCUACUGGUGAUGCUGUUGUGUAUGGAGCAGACACAGCUACUGUGGUGAUCGAGGCCAAUGAUGAUGCCAAUGGGAUUUUCUCCCUGGAAGCCACAGAGAAACCUGUUGAAGAGGGCAAGACCAAUCAUUUUUAUGUCCUGCGUGCAAGGGGCCAUUUUGGUAACGUUACAGUCUUCUGGCAGCUGUUUGCCAAUGACUCAGUGACUCCUCUGGAGGAAAACCAGGAGUUUACCAACACAUCUGGCUCCAUCACCUUCACAACAGGAGUUGAGACCAAGCCUAUUGUCCUGGAGGCUAUCUCAGAUAAGCUUCCAGAGUUCAAUGAGUUCUUUGUCCUCAGGCUGGUUAAUAUCUCAGGUGGUUACCCAGGAGAGGGUGGACGAUUAGCCAAGACUUCUCUGAAUGCCUCGGUUCUCAUCCCUUUCAAUGAUGACCCAUUUGGUGUCUUUGCCAUCAAUGACAGCAACCUGGACCAAGAAGUAGCUGAGGAUGUUCUCUCAGAGGAUGAUAUGGCUGAUGUCACUUCCUUCACCAUCCUCCGACAGCAGGGUACUUUUGGUGAUGUGCGGGUUGCCUGGGAGAUUGUUUCUGGCCGCUUCCCAGAGGGCCUUCCUCUGAUGGAUGACCUGCUCCUUCUAGCCUCCUUCCCAGACGAGGUUGAGCUCAGGCCUCAUGCCAGGCGACACCACUCAGCCACAGACACAUGGUUUUUCUCUGGGCUUCCAGGAGCAUAUGGGACCAUCUCCCCUAAAGAUGGGCCUGCUGCUGUUGGCAACUUCACCUUCUCUGCUUGGCUAGUGCCCAGACCAGACACUGACGGCUUCAUAGUCUGCAAAGGAACCAGGAAUGGAACCUUGUAUUAUGGAGUGAAAGUCCACACCAAUGAGUCUCAUGUGACGGUGAUGCUGUACUAUACAGUGAUAGGAUCAAACAAUCUCCAGGUGGCCUGGGCUACUGCUGAGAAAUCUGUAGAGAGCAAUACCUGGUUACAUGUCAUCAUUACUGUUGAUGAUGGGAUUAUUGAGUUCUUCCUGGAUGGGAACCCUAUUCCUGGAGGACUGAAGAGCAUUAAAGGAGAGGGCAUCACAGAUGCACCUGCACCAGUAUUUAUUGGGUCGGAUCCUGAGGGCGCACAGCGGUACACGGGCCUUCUCCAGGAUGUUCGCUUAUACAGGACUAAGCUUAACCGCAGCCACAUCCAUGAGCUUCAUACCCAGCCUGCUAAAACAGACCUGCGUAACAUCUCAGGUUACCUACGGUACCGACAGGAGGAGAGGCAGAAGUCAUUUGUGGUGGAGGUCAGGGAUGAUAAUGAGGAGGAGGGGGAGGAGGUGUUUUAUUUACAGUUGGUAGCAGUUCAUGGUGGAGCCCGCCUCCCUUUCCCCAGACCCACUGCUAUUUUGCGAGUCAUGAAGAGUGACAAUGCCAACGGGCUUUUUGGAUUCACCGGUGCCUGCAUACCUGAUACCACUGAGGAGGGCUCCACUAUCUCUUGUGUGAUUGAGCGAAUGCGGGGAUCUCUGGACCAUGUUUAUGUCAACUAUAGUGUUAACCAACUGGAUAGCUUGGACAGUGAGACGCCAGCCCAUCAGGAUUUUGUGAACGCCACUGGAGCUGUGCUUUUCAUGCCUGGACAACGCUCUGAGGUACUGAACCUGUUGGUGUUGGAUGAUAAUCUACCAGAGCUGGCAGAGUCCUUUCAGAUCACACUGGUGUCAGCAGAGUCCGGUGAUGGGAAGCCAGGCUCCACCCCCACCAGCGGUGCAAGCAUCGAUACAAAUAACUCUGUUAACACGGUCACUGUCACAGCUAGUGACCACCCCUAUGGCCUGCUGCAGUUUCAGCCCAGCACUCCAGGGGAGGGAUUGAUCUCUCCAGCGUUAGAACCUGCUUACAUAACCGUUAACGAGGAAGAUGGACAAGUCCGUCUGCUGGUGGCCAGGGCCCAAGGCCUUUUGGGAAGGGUCAUGGUAGGAUACAGGACAACCCCCUUCACAGCGUCCAGCCCUGAAGACUACAAGGACUCAGAGGGCAUGCUGGACUUUCUUCCAGGAGAGAGGUUAAAGUUAAUCACUGUGACCAUCACAGACAAUCCUGUCCCUGAGCUGGACAAGAUUUUUAGAGUGGAGCUCUACAAUGCUGAUGGAGGAGUGGAUCAGUUUCUGCGUAGUGAAGGAAGUGGUAGUGGGGAGAGUGACUCUGACUUCCUCCUUCCAUCUUAUCACCACCAUGCCAGCUUGGGAGUUGCAUCCCGCAUCACAGUGACCAUCGCUGCUUCUGAUGAUGCCCAUGGAGUGUUUCAGUUCAGUCCUGAAUCCCUGUCUGUCAAUGGGACAGAACCUGAGGAUGGACGCAGCUCUGUGGUCUUGCAGGUGGAUCGAUCCUUUGGUGACCUCUCCAAUGUAACUGUGUACUGGGAGGCUGAUCCCAGCUCUGAGGGGGAGCUCCUCAGCAGGUUUGGGAACAUCACCUUUGGUGUAGGUCAGAGGUCAAAGAACAUCAUCAUCAAUGUGGCCCAGGAUAAGAUCCCUGAGUUGGACAAGAAUUUCACCGUGUCCUUGGUUAACGUCUCCCAUGGUCGUCUGGGUGUCCAGACAUCUGCUACUCUGACUGUACUCGCCAGCGACGAUCCUUAUGGUGUUUUUCUGUUCGCUAAUGUAACAAGGUCUGUCCGACUUCCUGAAGCUGACUCAACUGUCUCCCUCACCAUCCUGCGACAGAGAGGCCUGAUGGGUCAGGUGCGAGUGACAUAUGGGACACUAAAUGAGGCAGAUCCAGAGCCUUACAGGACCCCUGCCGUGGGCCGAGCCACAGAGGGGCGCGAUUUUGUUCCCCUCCGGGAUUCUGUUGUGUUCUUGGCCAAUCAGAGUGAAGCAAACAUCACCCUCCGAGUGCUGGAUGAUGAGGAUCCAGAAAGAGACGAGUCAGUGUUUGUGAAGUUGAUCAGUGUUCAACUCAUCAAAGGAGAGCAGGAGAGGCUCAUUUCCAGUUCACCUUCUCUAGGCCCCAGGACUGAUGUUGUAGCCCAGGUGAUUGUGGAGGCCAGCGACGAUGCGUUUGGAAUCCUCCAGCUAUCGGCUUCUGCUGUUAGUGUAGCUGAGCACUACGUUGGGCCCAUAAUAAAUGUUACACGUGGUGGGGGGAUUUUUGCUGACGUAUCUGUCAAGUUCAGAGCAGUGCCUUUGACCGCCAGAGUCAGUGAAGACUACAGCGUAGCUUCCACUGAUGUGGUCCUCCUAGAAGGGGAGUCCAGUAAAUCUGUACCCGUCUAUGUUAUCAAUGAUCUGGUCCCUGAGCUGGAGGAGACCUUUCUCAUUGAGCUGAUCAACCAGACCACCGGAGGCGCUCUCCUGGGGGAGCUCACACGUGCCAUCAUCACCAUACUGCCUUCUGAUGACCCUUUUGGUGCCUUUGUCUUCCAAGCUGUUCCAGUUACCAUAGAGGAACCAGGAUCUAACUCCAUUGAGGUCACGUUGCCUAUAGUGCGUAAUGCUGGUACUAUUGGCACAGUGGUAGUCCAAUGGCAGGCCACUGUUAAUGGCAAACUAGCAGUGGGGGACAUCAGACCCACAUCGGGAGAGGUGAGAUUUGCUCCUGGAGAGACUAUAAAGACGAUCCGAGUGGAGAUUUUAGCUGACGAUGUACCUGAAAUCACUGAGAUUAUUAAGGUGGAGCUUACUGGUGCCAGUAACGGAGGAAACCUUGGAGCUGAUACAUCUGUUAACAUUAUAGUGCCUGCCAAUGACAACCCAUAUGGGACAGUCUACUUUCAACAGUCUGUUUACCGGGUUCAGGAGCCACUGGAGGGAGUUUAUAGAGCAAAUAUUACUGUCCACAGGAGAGGCGGUCACUUUGGUCGCUUGGAGAUCGUGUACAGCACCUCUGAGAUUGACAUUGUUGGCUUGGCUCAGGCUGAUGACCAGAAGCUGCUAAUGUACUAUAACUUCCCAAUACCAGGUGUUCCAUCCACUGCCCCCUUUAGGACCGUUAACAUCACUGGUCCCCCCCUGGCUGCAUGUGCUGCUGCUUGUCUGAGAGAGCAUACCUGCCAGGCCUUCUCUCUGUCAUCAGGGGUGACCUCACCAUCCUGCACUUGGGUGACUUCAGGGGCUGACCAGCUGACCUCUAAAUCUCAGGUUAUGACUUAUGUAAAAAAUGUCACUGCAGCUGCUGUCCUGUUCAGUGCCCAGGCUAUGGCAGGGAGUGAUUAUACCCCUGUGACAGCUCAGAGUGCCUUCAUGGAUGAUGGGUCAGGGGUCGCCAACCUCACAGUCCCAAUCCUGACUGAUAAGUUCCCUGAAAUGGAUGAGAGCUUCUCUAUACAGAUCUUGAAGGUACAGCUGAUAAAUCUGACUGUGGCACAGAAGAACCUACCUUCGAUUGGCCAGCCAGACAAAGCUGUGGUCACUAUAGGGAUGAAUGGAGAUGCAUUUGGCGUAUUUUUGAUAUACAGCCUCAGUCCCAACACCACUAACGAGGGGCUCUAUCUAGAGGUUCGAGAAGAGCCUACAGUUGUGGUGCCCCUGGUUAUAGAGAGGAGAGGAGGGAAUCUGGGCACUGUCACUGUAGAGUGGAGGUUUGUUGGAGGAAAGGCCACACCAGAUGCUGACUUCACUGGGACUGGAGGGACUCUGGUCUUUGAUGGUGGUCUGAAGAAGACAAUAGAGAUAGUAAUCAGAGAUGAUAUUGAGCCAGAGGACAACGAGAGCCUCAUGAUUGGUCUUGUUAAUACGGAGGGAGGAAGUCGAAUCCUGCCCAGCUCUGACACUGUAACCAUAGUGAUACUGGCUAACGAUAAUGUGGCUGGGAUAGUAGGAUUCCAGCCAGCCUCACGUUCUGUCAUCGCCAGAGAAGGUGAGAAGCUUUCCUUAUUAGUGUUGAGAACGGCUCCUGGUCUGGGUAAUGUCACUGUGGACUGGACUGUACAAGGGCCCCUUGUUCACCGGACCUUCACCCAAACUUCAGGGACACUUUUCUUCACUGAGGGGGAACUAAAUGACACCAUAGUCCUGCAGCUUCUGGAUGAUGCCACACCAGAGGACGAAGAUGAAUACAAAGUUUCCUUGUCCAACAUACAUACUUUUGGUGUUGUGGUGACAGGCCAUGCUGCUCUGGAUGUUCAGGGCAGUGAGGCAGUGCUUACUGUGGACACCAGCGAUGAGCCCUAUGGGCUUCUGGCCAUUGCCCCGUCAUCCCUUAGGGUGACCACAGAGGAACAGGACCGAACUAUAAAUAUCUACGUCAAUAGAGAGUUUGGAGCUUCAGGAGCAGUGAAUAUCACCUAUGAGGUUAUAAGAGGUUCUCUACAAGACCUGUCUCAGGUAGAGGGUGCUCUUGCUGACCCGGGACAAGACUUUGUCUCUGGUACUGGUUCUGUAAUACUUCAGGAUGGACAGACUUCUGUCGCCAUCCCUGUCACCAUACUGGAGGACGACAUUCCAGAGUUGCAGGAGUUCUUCCUGGUCAACAUAACAUCAGCAGUACUCAUCACAACCCUUGCCACUGUUCCCCAACUAGACACCCAGGGUUUGGUGGCAGAGGUUAGCAUCACUGCUAAUGAUGGAAUUAGAGGAGUCAUUGAAUGGACAAACACCAUGUUUGAGGUGAAUGAAACAAUAGGGGCACUGACUCUCGUGGCUUAUAGGAACAAGGGGACAUAUGGAAAUGUCUCUCUCUUCUUCUGUGCUCAGAACCUGGAAGCUCAACAGGGACUGGACUACAAUACAAGUGAAACGAUGCUCCAUUUUGUUGAUGGCGAAAGACAUAAGUUUGUAGAAGUGCAGAUCAUCGAUGACACCAUUCCAGAGGGAGCUGAGAGAUUCCAGCUCAUCCUGUCCGAGCCUUCCCCUGGGCUGGAGCUGGGCGCCAAUACCACAGCAACUGUGAAUAUCCUGGCCAGUGACGAUGGACAUGGUGUCAUUUCCUUUAACACCAGCAAGCAUUUCUUAUUGAAGGAGCCCACAUCUGUGUCUGGGCUGAGUGAGAGUGUGGCCACCCUGUACGUGGUACGGAACCCUGAGGAAGGCACAUUUGGCACCGUAACUGUUCAGUUUACCAUCACUGAUUCCAACGGCAGUCUAGCAGAGGGCGAUUUGAUGCCAGCACAAGGGUUUGUGGUACUGGAGGAUGGAGUUAGAUUUAAGAUGCUGGAGAUCUGGGCAGUACUGGAUGCUGAGCCUGAAGUGAAUGAAACCUUCACAGUGACCCUGUCCAACCCAACAGGAGGUGCACGGCUGGGUGACCAACUCCAAAUUCUCAUCACCGUCCUGGAGAACUUGGCUCCUUCUGGCUUGUUCCGCAUCAGACCUACUAUCAACAGAACUAACACAGAAGUGGUUGCUGGUGAAGGUGGCAGAACAGUCUUCCUCACUGUGUCUCGCAGUAAUGGUCUGGAGUCAGUUGUCAGUGUGGAAUGGGAGACGCAUUCUGACACAGCUUUUGCCUCUGAGGGUCACCUCCCAGUGAUGGGUGUGUACCAGAGCUUUGAGGACAACCCCACCUCAGCUUGGUGCUCCCUUCCCGAAGGGCCUUCCUUCCUGGCUAUGAGGCUAGAUAGGAGGCCCGUUGUUGGAUCCUCCCACACCUUGGCCACUCUGUAUCGGUGGCAGGGUGUUUUUGUGCCAGUAGAGUCUGUUAGGAUUCAGGACCCAAGCUCUUGUGUUGGGUUUGCAGUGAAUGGUUCAACUUACAUAGGCAUCACACAUAGUGGCCCUCCCUUCUCCCCUGCUGCCAACCUCAGCAUCUUCAAAUUGCAGAAGGACCUCAAUGUCACAUUGGAACAAACCUUGGGUGUUGAAGCUCUGGACGUGAAACACUUCUCCACCGAAGGCAGAGAUUAUCUAAUAGCAUCAAGCCAGAUUUUUGUUUGGACUGGAGGCUCCUUCACCCUCCUCCAGACUCUUGACUUCAAACAGGACAUCCGCAGUGUAACUCCAUUCACUCGUGCAGCUGUUCCCUACCUGUUGGUGUGCAUAGACAGCUGCCUCCUGCUUCAAUGGACCAAUGGAAGAUUUCAGAAUCCACAGCCUCUCCAGCUCACUGGCAGAGCUAUUCAGGUGGCAACAAUCAACACAAGAGCAGAGGACACUCUCCUGUUGGUUGUUAAUGAAGGGCUCUCUCCAUCCUGUGAGGUGUUAAAUUGGAGUACAGGGCAGCCUUCACCACAGCUUUAUCAGUCCAUUCCUCACCCAGGCCUCACUUCUAUUCACCCCUUCACUGCUCCUUCUGGGACCACUUAUGUCCUGCUAGCUGGAAGAAAUAGCUCCUCACUCUACACCUGGAGGUCUGAUGUUAACCUGCUCGCCAUGAUCCUGAGGGCCCCACCAGCCAUUAGCUUCCUCUCUUUCAUGGUCCCAUCCCUCAACACCACCAAGACCCUCUUGGCUUCUACUGAGGAGAAUAGCUCCACUGUUUAUGAAUUCACUUCUGUCUCCAAUCAGUCUGAUUUCAUACCCAGUUUUGGGGAGUUGCACUUUGCACCAGGUGAGAGCGAGCUAGAAAUAGCAGUCAACAUCAUAGAUGAUGACAUCCCUGAGGAGCAGGAGUUCUUCCAGGUCAGCCUAAAGAAUCCAAAGGGUGGGGCUGAGAUUGGAUUUGGUGGUCAGGUGACUGUCAUUGUCCCAACCAACGAUGAUGCCCAUGGAGUCAUCGGCUUUGCUCAGAAUUCUCUGUCUGUGGAGGUAGAGGAGCUGGAGCAAAAUACUCAAAUUUCUCUCAGCGUGGAGAGGAAAAGAGGGACUUUUGGCAGACUGACUGUUCACUGGGCUGCCAAUGGCAGUCUGGCAGACAUUUACCCCACUUCAGGAGUGGUAACGUUUUCAGAGGGCCAGUCGGUGGCCAUCAUCUCCCUGACUGUGAUAGCAGAUGGUGUCCCAGAGCUGAGAGAAAGUGUCACUAUCACCCUCAUGGAUGUCACCACUGUGGGGCUGCGGGACCUACGACAGGCUGCAGUCAUUGACAAGCAGCGGGCACAAGCUAUACUCACCAUCCUACCAAAUGGUUCUCCCUAUGGGGUGAUUGGAUGGCAUCUGGACUCCCAGUUUACACAAACACAAGAACCACAGAGGGUUCCAGUCAAUGUGACACUCUCUAUAGUGAGGGAGCAGGGCUCCUCAGGUGAGGUGGAAAUCCAUUACCAGACCAGGCCAGCCCUGUACCAGCCCCCAUCCAACCAGGCUACUGCAGGACAGGACUACACCCCCAAAAACAACACCAUCAUCAUGAUAAAUGGUGCUACUGUGGCCCUUGUCACUGUCACAAUCCUACCGGAUGACAUCCCAGAGCUGGCAGAGAGUUUCCUGGUAAAUAUCACCAGUGUGGCAUUAGUUAGCGGGUCAGUGGGAGCAGGGCAGGCCAGUGUGAAGAGGCCUGGUAUGGAAGUAGCAGAGGUCACCAUCCAGGAGAAUGAUGACCCUCGAGGGAUUCUGCAGUUCAGUGUUUCUGAGGAUAUCACUGGAAGCGUGCUGGCAUAUGAGAUACCACCACCAGACAACAUCCUCCAUCUGUCAGUGGUGCGACUUGCUGGUACUACUGGAAGACUGGUCAUCUACUGGGAGGCUCAGCCAAUCACUGCUGAUCUUAAUGAUUUCAGCCCCAUGUCUGGAAACAUCACCUUUCAAGAUGGGCAGAGAGAAGCCACGAUUGCCAUCACCAUCUUGGAUGACGAACGGGUGGAGACUUCGGAGACCUUCAGAGUGAAUUUACUGCGCGUGAUCGGUGGUGCUCGACUGGGAGAAGUGUCCUCUGUAACUAUCAUGAUUCCACCCAACGACUCACCUCUCGGACGAUUUGGAUUUCAGGAACUGGAGGUUACUGUCAGUGAACCAGUGUUUGUGGAUGAUCCUGCUGCUGUGGCAACACUAGCAGUGCUGCGUAGUGCGGGAGGCAAGGGGGCAGUGACCCUGGGGUGGCAGCUGGAAAACCAGGCUAACGAUGACCUCUCACCUUUCAAUGGAACUCUUGUCUUCACUGAGACUGAGUCUAUGAAGACAUUUGUGAUUAGAGCCCUCGCUGACACUGUACUGGAAGGAGAUGAGCAUUUCACUGUCCGGCUGUUUCCUGCCGAGAGUGGUGCUGUCAUCGACCCCUUAAAUGGCAUGGCCACCAUCACUAUCAGGGCAGACAAGGCUGCCCUGGGGAUUAUUGGAAUAGCAGAGUCCUCCAGGAUCAUCCUUAUUGGAGAACCUCAGGAAGAUUACAAUGGUAGUGCCAUGGUCAGCCUUGUUCGAGGGCCAGGUGUGUUUGGAGAGGUCCAGGUGUACUGGAAUAUCACUCCAGCUGUGGUUUCUGAGUUUGAAGCGAUCUCUGGAACUGUGAUUAUGAGAGACAGACAGUCUGUUGCCACCAUCAUUCUGAAGGCCCUGGAUGAUAAACUCCCUGAAGAGCGCCGUGAGUACCAGCUUACACUGACCUCCACCACCUCUGGACUGGAAAUCAGUCCCAUAGCCAAGCAUGCCAAGAUUAUUAUGGCAGCCAGCGACAAUCCCUAUGGCCUGUUCUCCUUCAUCCACCAGCAGAUCAGGGUGACCGAAGAGGAGGGAAUGGUGAAUGUGACAGUUAAUCGCUCCUUAGGCAGUCUGGGCAGUGUGUGGGUGACCUAUCAGACCUCAGGCAACACAGCGCUCAGUGGAGUGGACUUCACUCCAGCUUCAGGACGACUACUCUUCACCCCAGGCCAAACCUCUAAGCAAGUCACACUGCAUAUCCAGGAUGACAGUCUUCCAGAGGGGCCUGAGAUGUUCUUUCUCAACAUCACUGAAGUGGAGCUAAUCAAUGUCAGUGCUGUGGACUACACCGUGAGGGAGUCGGGUCUCCAGCUGGACCAGCCUCCAGCUAUAGGCAACAUCUCUUCUCUUGCUGUGGUCAUACUAAAGAAUGACAAUGCUGAGGGUAUUCUGGAGUUCAGGCAGGACUAUGUCAACAUUACAGUUGAAGAGGGUGUUGGCACUGUGUUGAUCCCAGUGGUGAGGAGAGUGGGCUCAUAUGGACCGGUCUCAGCUCAGUUCAUUUCCAGAGGCCUGAGUGCAACCCCUGACCUCGACUACAUCCUUAAUAAUGGCUCAGUGACAUUUGUCCACGGCCAGAAUUCCAGCUACAUCAAUGUCACUAUUAUAGAUGACCCGCAUAGUGAAUAUGCAGAGAUAUUUGAGAUCGUGCUGGUUGGAGCUACAGGGGGAGCAGUUCUAGGCUCGCAACAUGUUGCCAGGGUAACCAUUGCCAAGAGUGACUCUCCAAGUGGGGUGGUCCGUUUCCUCAAUGAGAGCCUAAUCACUGUGGUCAACCCUAACUCCACUCUCAAACUCAAUCUUGUUUUGGAACGAGCAGGAGGCCUUGUGGGCAAUGCAACGGUUACUUGGAUCAUCCGUGGCCCUAACAGCAGAGAGGUCCUUCCUCCAUUCAAUACAGACAUCAGAGAGCCUGUGAACGGGUCUUUCUUCUUCAAGGAUGGAGAGGAAGGUACACGCACCAUAGAGCUGCGGAUUCUCCCCCAUGGGGAAGUGGAGGUGGAAGAGACAUUUGUUAUAGAGCUCAGCAUUCCUUCUGGAGAGGUGGAUGUUGAUCGUCAGGCUGGUUCCAUAACACUGAAGAUAGAGAAGUUUGGUGACCCAAAUGGUAUAGUCCAGUUUACUGAGGAUGCUCUUCGAGAGCGUGUCUACAAUGAAUCCACAGAAGCAGAGGGCCCAUUCAACAUUUCCCUGUUGAUUACACGCAGAGAGGGUGUCAUGGGUAACAUCACGGUGCAUUGGCAGAUACAGAGUGUCUCAGAUAUAACAAGUGACUUCCUAGAAUUAGCUGGCUCAGUGAUGAUCCUGGAAGGCCAAAGGGAGGCGGAAAUUGUACUCAGCCUGAUGCCAGAUACAGUGCCAGAGCUGGAGGAGCUCUACACUGUCCAGCUCACAGCUGUGGAGGGUGGUGCUACUCUGGAUGCCAACCCAAACCUCAUCAGAACGAGCAUCAGGGUGCGUGCUAACGAUGAACCCCACGGUGUCUUUUCCCUCAACCCUGAGCAACAGUCUUUAGUGGUAGUGGGGUCAGGGUCUGAGGUCACCAGAGCUCUGGUUAUGAAUGUGACACGGCUUGCCGGGCUGUUUGGCAACACUAGUGUGGGCUACAGGAUCAGUGGGGGGAUAGAUGAAGUGAUGGAUAUCAAAGAGAUACUGGGAGGACAAGCUGAAGGAAGGCUGUUGUUGAGAGAGGGACAGACCUUCAGUACUAUCACUGUGCCCAUCAGCAGCCAGGUGUUUUUGUCAGUGGGCGAGAGCUUCACAGCAGAGCUGACUGAUGUGAGACUAGUCAGUCCUAUCCUUGGCUCUCCGCCUCGCCUCCUUCGUGAGGCCAGCAUUGCUACAGUGAUUGUGCCCGAAGAAGCUGCCAGCUCAAAGGUUGGCUUUGCCUCCAUGGCUCUGCAGGUUUCAAAUAUAGAAACAGGGACAUGUGAAGCAAAAGUGACACGAACAGGGCUGUUUGGGGACAUCAGGGUGCAGUGGAAAGCUGGGUAUCCUUCAGGAAAGGCUCCGCCUGGGCUCAGACUGGGAGCAAUCACCCCAAGCUCAGGUUCUCUGUCCCUGGCCCAUGGAGAGAGGACUAAAGCCAUAUCGCUGACAGCUGUUGCUGAUGCAUCUGAUACGGCUUCCUAUGCUAUACACCUCACUGCUGCCACCUCCAGCAUUUCUGCAGCCAGUACUGUCAAGCUCAGGUCAGGAUUUACUGUGGCAGAAGUGGAGCCAUUGGGAAUCUACCAAUUUGCCCCCAAUUCCCGCCAGUUGGUCAUUGCAGAGGACAUCCAGACUAUAACAUUUUAUGUUCAGAGACUCUAUGGUUCUCGUAGCAACAGCUCCCGCCUGUCCUAUACAACAGUAGCAGGCAGCGCAAUUGCAGGAGAGGACUUUACUGCAGUGCCAGACGGCCGUUUGGUCUUUGACUCACCUCACCAAACCAACACUUCCUUCCGCCUUUCAAUACUUGAUGACUCCCUUUCAGAGGCCGAUGAGUAUUUUCACGUCAACCUCACAGAUGUUAAAGUCCUAACUUCAGACUUAGCUUGGGCAGAUAUCUCUCCUCGCCUCAACCCUCGGCACAGUGUGGCCACUGUCACCAUCCUGGCUAGUGAUGUGACCGGAGGAGUGCUGAGUAUUGGACCUGGACUAGUCCAGAUACCUGAGGACAGGAAUGAGGAGACCCAGCAGGAGCAAAGGGUGGUUCUGAGGGUGCGCAGGUCCAACAGUGUGGCUGGGGCUGUGAGGGUUCGGGUCCAAGCAUAUGGAGAUGGAAGUAUGACACCUCUUCCCUUCACUCUGGAACCUGUUGGGACCCUCGCAAAGGAGGAACAGGACUUUCGCCUGGAGUCCACUAUAGUGUCCCUUCAGGCUGGUCAGAAUGAGACAGAGGUUAUCCUCCUCAUUCUGGAUGACUCAGAGCCCGAGGGACAGGAAGUAUUCUUCAUUUACCUCAGUGAUCCAGAAGGAGGAGCGCAAAUCACUGACAGUUCAUACCAGGGCUUUGGAGCUUUUGCCAAGAUCACUAUCCUUGGGAGCGACUUCCAUAAUGGUGUUGUGGGGUUUAGUCUUAAUUCUCUGAUGGGCCAAAUUCUAGAUGAGGAUUCAGUGAACAGAACUGCUCUUCUCUAUUUGCAGAGACAGGAAAACAGAGCCUUUGAAGAUUUGCAGGUCUUUUGGAGAGUUACCUUCAGCAAGGCAACUCUAACUCUUGUACACAAUGGAGUUGACCUAACCAGACAGCUGGUGCAGACCACAGGAACUGCGCUGUGUAGGAGAGGAGAGAUAAUCUGUGUUCUCACUGUGGAGGUCCAGGAUGAUGAGGAACCAGAGUACCGGGCGUGGUUCUUGGUGGAGAUUUAUCAGGUGGGUGCUGGGGCUACCAUUAAUGAGACCACCCGUUUUGCCAACAUCACCUUGGCAGAGAGCGACAAUCCACAAGGCAUUGUGUACUUUGCCGUGGGCCAUAGACUGCCCAUCGCCACCCUGAUGACCACAAGGCUCACUCUCCAAGUCUACAGACGAGCAAGCACAGCUUCAGUCAUGUCUGUACAAUAUCGCACACUGGAGCUCCCCAGAGAAGAGGCGGUGGGUCCCUCUAUAAUCCGGCCUGCUAAAGCAGGGAUGGACUUUCCUAAACAGGAGGGUAGGCUAACCUUCGAUGUGGGCCACCGUAACACAUCACUGGACAUUUACCUCACACCUGACCUCGCCUCAUCAUUGCCCACACCGAAGCGCUUUCAGGUGGAGCUCUACAAUGCUACAGGGGGAGCCAGAGUGCACCCUCAGUUUGGGCUGGCUAAUGUGACUCUGGUGUCAAAUGCAGCAAGUGAAGCUGUGUGGGUCUUACUGGAACAAUUACAUCAGCCUCUUGACCCAACUAUAUUGAACCAGGUGCUGCAAGGACUGAUCAGUAAGGUCACUACACCUCUCACUCGUGAGCAGAUCGCCGCUGUGCUCGAAGCUCUGGGGAAGGUGCUUGCAGAGGCAGAGAGGGCUCCUUUACAGGAAAGUAGCCGUAAUUUGACCUACGACCUACUAUGUGCCUUAGCCAAUCCCAGCAGAGUUGACACCCGAGGCCUCAGCCACCUUGCUGAGGUGGCCGAGCGAUUUGCAUUCUCCCUCCUUGCGCGCAGUCAAUGUGAGAUAAGGGGUACCAUCCUGGAAACAUGUCCAUAUAUGACCAUCUCUGCCUUCCAAUGGUACCCCACACAGAUCAAUGGACACAAAUUCAGGGGCCGUAAUGCAGACUUCUUCCAGCUCCCAGAUACCCUCCUGGCAGUACCAGCAGUCUCGAUUGCUGACUGUGGCAACCUCAGCCAGAUUCAACUGACCGAGUUUAGAACUGAACACUGGUUUCUGUCCAAUGAUACAAAGACUGCUUUCAAUGGGAAGGUAUUCUCAGCUAGCCUCCAGGACAGAGGGUCACGACCCCUAGAAGAUGGCAAAGAGGUGGUGUAUCGUAUCCACACCCCUGGUCAGCAAGUUAAACCAGGCCGGUCUCUGUGCCUUCUCUGGAACCAGACCACUGCAAGCUGGUCAUCAGAUGGUCAAUACUGCAGGGUUGUGAAAGAGAGUGGGAACUAUGUGGAAUGUGCCUGCUCCCACUUGUCUAUCUACACGGCCUACGCAGAGUUUGCCACUCUUGCAUCCUACAACAAAGCCUUCUAUGCCUCAGGAUUUAUCUGCAUCUCAGGCUUUGCAUUGGCCAUUAUGUCCCACGUGCUGUGCUCCCGUUUCCCUAUGUUUGCUGCCAAACUGCUCACUCACAUGAUGUUGAGCUGCCUUGGAACCCAGAUCUGUUUCCUGGUGUCAGCUUUCCAUGGCCGAAUGUUUUCAGAGGACAGCUGUGCUGCUCUGGCGCUCUUCUCUCACUAUUUCCACCUCAGUCAGUUCUUUUGGAUGCUCAUACAGGCGGUGAACUUCUGGCAAGUGCUGGUGAUGAAUGACGAGCACACAGAGCGUCGAUAUCUGCUCUAUUUCCUGUUGGGCUGGGGACUUCCUGCUCUGGUCAUCAUUGUCCUGGUCAUCGUCUUGCUUGGCGGCUUCGGAUGGACCAUACACACUGUAUACGGACUGGUGCAAGGAGAUGUAUGCUUCAUCCCGAACAUCUAUGCAGCUCUAUGCACGGCGGUGCUGGUGCCUCUCAUCUGUCUGGUUGCAGUGCUGGUCGUAUUCAUUCACGCCUACCAAGUUACUCAGCAGUGGAAGGCCUAUGAUGACAUUUACCGCGGACGAACCAACAGCACAGAGGUGCCGCUGGUCCUCUACUUGUUCCUGCUCAUCUCCCUGGUCUGGUUGUGGGCAGGACUCCAUAUGGGCUACAGGUACCUGUGGAUGCUCAUCCUCUACGUCAUCUUUAACUGCUUGCUGGGCUUGUAUGUGUUUGCAGUGUACUUUGUCAUGCACAACCAGCUGUGUUGGCCGACUAAAGCCAGUUACACAGUAGAGAUGAGCGGCCAUGACGGUCCCUCUCCCUAUCAGGGAGGGGGACCCACCACUGUAGGGGGCGACAUCAGCAAAUCAACUCAGAAUCUCAUCAGCGCCAUGGAGGAGGUGUCAGCAGACUGGGAGCGAGCGUCGCUGCGGCCCAGCAGUCAGCCUAGCAGUGUGUUCAAACCCAGUCCUGUGAUGGGAACGUACACCACCGAGGGAGGCUUCAUCAACUCCAACCUGGCCACCACAGACGAGGAGUUGCAGGAGUUUGAUGACCUCAUAUUUGCCUUAAAAACUGGGACUGGCCUUAAUGUCAGCGAUAACGAGUCCAUCCCUGGAAGCCACGACGGAGGAAGCGUAAGCAACUCCCAAAUAGUUGAGCUGAGACGAAUCCCCAUUGCCGACACACACCUCUAACCUGUUCACCUCACACAUGUCCUCUAUUCUUCAUAUCAGAAAAAAUUACAGCACAGUAUUUUUAUAUUAUAAAAUGCUUUUGCACUAAACACAGUUUUUUGAAUAGAACAUUUUCAUAUAGAUGUUUGAUAAUGUAUGUGAUUUUUACUGUACAUCUGUUUUUUAUAUAUAUAUAUAUAUGAACAUAUACAUAAAUGUUUUACUAAAUUAAUUUUUUAAAAGUCCUUGAUGGAGUCGUUUUCUGAAUGUAUAUUUUGAUUUUUUUUUUUUUUUUUUUUUCUGUAGAGACCUAGCAAAUGAGAUAGCCAGAUGUGCCCUCAGCAGAACUACUGUUGCUGAGUAUGGAAAUUGUGUAACAUUGUUAAUAAAUGAUUUACCAUAUAUUUUA